AUGUGGGGCCAAGAAAGCCGUGCACCUGUGGCUGUCGGAGCCGGAAAUUUUAACUUGGCAGCUAGUGAUUGGCUGCACAGACGAAAUGGCAGCAUCAUCGGCGGCGAGUUUGCUGGUAAUAGUGCAGAAAGUGAGCAUGACUUGGCUACUAUGGUGAAAGAUUUCUGUGAAAUUGGCAGUGCCGGAGCUGAUAGUUGGUAUAGCAGCGACAGCGAUUCUAGUUUCUCCGACCUCGCUUUCCUCUCCGACAAGAUCUCGUUGCAUAAGCACACACUGGAUCAGUAUGAAAGUGACUUGAUAUUGGUUGUCAAUUCCCUAAUUCUCUCAUUAUCCAAUUCGAGAGACAUUAGGAAGUCCGAUGCAUGCAAUGCUAGCACCAUCCGGUAUUCUCUGGUGAAGCUGUUGCAAUCUUCAGGUUAUGAUGCAGCUAUUUGUGCUACCAAGUGGCAUGGCCUUGGCAACAUUCCUGGAGGUGAACACGAAUUCAUAGAUGUGAUAUUCACCCAUCAAAAUAGUGGAUGCUCCGAAAGGUGCAUCAUCGACAUUGACUUCCGAAGCCACUUUCAAAUUGCGAGAGCUAUCAAAUCGUACAAUGUACUUUUGAAUUCUCUUCCGUCAAUUUAUGUAGGCAGCACGACUAAGCUCAAGCAAUUUCUUCAAAUUAUGGUUGAAGCAGCCAGGUACUCUCUUGAGCAAAAUUCAAUGCCUCUUCCUCCAUGGAGAUCCUUAGCUUAUUUGGAAGCCAAGUGGGAAUCUCCCUGCGAAAGAAUUGUUAAUCUUCUUCAUCAACAUCUUUCACGACCACUGCUUUGA